AUGGCUACUGCACCGGGUCCCAAACAUCCAGAUCUUCCCGGUUUAAUCUUUGGCUGCCCCCCUUCUAAACAUCGGACAAGCUCCAUGAGACGCCUGCUUCGUCGCUAUAAUGUUCAAGUGAAUGGCAACGAGAGAAAAGAAGACACACUUCAUAAGCUUGUUGAGCUCGAGAAAUCUAUCGGAGAGAGAGAAAAAGAAGCACUUGUGAACUGGUUCGCUGGUGAAGGUACUUACAGAGCUCUCGCAGCUUUGCUAGGUGAUGCUAUGAAGCCGCCGAUCACACCAAAAAACAUUGGUGAACCAGCAGCCAGGAAAGCGAAGCUCGAGGAAUCUGAUGAUGAUAUUAUCUUCGCCGCAGUCAAUGAGUGUAGGAUUUGCAUGGAAAACCUAACACCAGAAAUGUUCCCACAAACUCGCAUAAGUAGCACGUGUGCACACCAUCCAGCGGUCUGUAAUCAAUGCUUGACUAAACACAUCAACGAUCAAGUUCAAACCAAGGCCUCAAAUCAGAUUUCAUGCCCCGAGUGUCCAGAGAAGGUUUCCGAUGCAGAAAUAAAGAAGUAUGCAUCACCGGAGGUUUUGGAGAGAAACGGAAGAAGAUUAUUGAAUAUUUCUCUUCAGCAUCUCCCAAACUUUACCUUUUGCCUUAGUCUUACCUGCGAAUCAGGUCAAAUACACUCAAAACCAGAUGAUCCAAUGAUGACAUGCACUACAUGUGGUUUCAAGACAUGCUUCAUUCACAAACUACCAUGGCACGGAGAUCUCACAUGUGCAGAAUUCGACAUCUCUAAUCAAGCUAGAGUUCGACAAGAAGCAGCCUCUGAAGCAUGGAUUGCAGAGCAUACAAAACUUUGUCCAAAUCCAAAAUGUGGAAUGAGAAUCCAAAAGAAAUCUGGCUGCGAUCAUUUGACUUGUGAUUAUUGCCUCGUCGAAUUUUGUGGGUGCUGUUUUGCCGAUUCCAAACUGAUAAAGAAACGAGGUAAUGAUCAUCAUAAGGAAGACUGUCGGUGGCAUACGAAGAAUGAAAACGGUAUGCCUGGACAUGAUAGAAGACGUGGAUCUGCUCCUAAGAAGUCGAAGAAACCUAUAAAAUCAGAAGAUUCCAAAAAAUCGGAUGCGGGACCGGCACCGAAAGAACCCAAUAUUUCGGAGGAUCCGAAAGAAAUAAAGGAAGGUUUGAAACAGUCACAUUCACCAGUCAAGCCAUCUGAGGCAGCGGAUGGAAUGCAACUAUCGAAGUCAAAAGUUUCAGAUGAUCUUAAGCAUUCAUUUGAACCAAAUGUUACAGAAGAUUCGAAGAGACCCAAUCAACCUCAAGAACCAGUUGAGCCUUCCAAACAAACGGAAUCGACAGAAGCAUUAGGAUUGAACAUUCCGAAUCCACUCAAACGACUUCGAGAGGAGUAA